AUGCAGUUGGGAAAAGUCAUCGUUCUGCUGCUGAGCAUCCAGCAAAGCUGCCUGGCUUUGUACAUCAAGAACCAAGCGGAGAAGAGUCCUGCCAAAGCGGCGCCAAAGGACGACUGGGGAGUCUUCAAGAACACCCUCGGACUAAGCCAAGAAAAAGUUGAACUACUAAAAUCGCAAAAGGAUCAAGAAGGCACCAAGGAGCUGCUCAAUCGCUUUAUCCUGGAGAACCCGAAAGCUCUGCCGCAGGCCAAGAAACGUCCUGAUCAAUUUUUGGGACUCUACCGAUCCAUUCUGAAGAAACUCACGGCUUCCAAGCAAAUGCUGAAGACCUCCCUCAACUUCGAAUUGGCUGAUAGGCCCAAUAAAACUUUAAAGAGGCCUCGUCGCAAGAUCGCCGUGAAAAUGGUUUCGGAUAUGCCAUCCUGGAAGAUCGAAAGCCUGCUGAACUCAUUCUAUCUGAAGCACGGCAUCCCAAGGAACACAGAGGAGCAUGAGUAUCCUGAUCUGGAUCUGCCAAGGGAUACCGACUACGAAUCAGACAAUUUCUACGACGACGAGGGUGAUGUAGGUCUCACCGCCAAGGACCGUCAGAAUUCGGAGUACGGAUCCUUCCAGGACCUCAUUAUGCAGGCCAAGAUGAACGAGUGGGAGCGGGAGCACGAGGAAACCAAGUUGCACAGCUCAGACGAUGAUGACUACAUAUAA